AUGGUGACCCCAGCCUCUUCCCUGCCAGGUUCGGUCGUGCCGGCGCAACUGGGCUUCCUGGCCAUCUUCAACCCGACCCUCGGCACCACGGACGAGACCAUCGAUGACCAGAUUGUCUACUACGCAUCUGUGAAUACGCAGGCUUCGCGGCGGCGCAACCGCUCGCGCGCGAAUCCCACAGAGAACCUGUCGAAAGACGAGCGCAAUGAGCGACUGAGGCAGAUCGGGUUGGCGCAGGGCAUGGUCGACUUUAGUCGCGGCUUUGCCCGCGGCCAGUCGGUCAACACAAUAGAGACGGAGAAGAGUCGGGUGGUCCUGCAUGAGCUGGAACCUGGCUGGUGGAUUCUUGCUUCCAUCGACCUGACAAAACUACCUUUACCACCGCGACUGGGCGCCUCGGCUUCGAAGAUGAAGGAGGAGGAGUCCGAUAAUGUCGAGUACUCUUCGCGUGAGGUCAAGCCGGCAGCCCUGCUGUUGCAGGACCUGCUGCGGGCGCACUCUAUUUUCCUGCUACACCAUGCCGCAUCUCUUAGUGCGCUGUUUGUGCGAUCGAAGAGGUCUAAAUUCGUCAUCAUACUGAGUCGUUACUGGGACCUGUUUCUGUCGACGUGGAAUGUCAUGCUUCACGGCAACCCGGCCUGUGCUGUGCUCGGUGGCAUCAAACUGGGGGCCUGCGGCGAGCUCGGCGUGGGUGUGGGUGAGGAAGAACGUGGGAGUGGCGAGAGAGAGGUACUCGAAGGUUUUGUUGGUAGAGUCGAGGGACUUGUGGAUCUGGUCGUCUCCAAAUUUGGGGACUUGGACCCAGAGAAGACAUCGGAUUCGGCCAGGGAUAGGAAUUCCGAUGACUCGCAGUCUUCCCAGUGGCUCGGCACUGGUGAGGAACCCGGAGCAGAAGACGGUGCUGUCUUUCUGGGUGUUGGUGCUCUAUCCAGGAAGUCUUUACGAGAUAUCACUUACUGGAUGGAAGACUUGUAUACUUGGGGAGAGAAUGCAUAUGGAGUCAAGGAAAAUGCGACUUCAACGAGAGUGAAGGCCAGACGGGUCAGGGUCCAGUCUGGUGCCGAAGCUCUCAGCAAGCUGUCGGCGCCUCAAACGAUUGAAACCGUGGGUUCUACCCCAAGUGAUCAGGUGAAAGAUAGAAGUCCCUCCGCCUCGAUAUCUAAUGGAGUCGAAGCGAACGAUGAUGGGCGCAUGGAUAAGUUCAUGAGCUAUUUGAGAAUGGGCUACGGCACUCAUUGGUCACUUGGCAAUUCUGGUACAGAGAGCACCCAAGAAAAUGCCCCAGAAACUGCCCAAGGCGCCCAAACCCGCAAUCAGAACGAAGGAGAAAUCGAGCCAGUACCUAAGAAGGAACAUGCGACACCUACGCACCCCUUUACUCAGCGCUCAUCCACGCUUGUAGACCGGUAUUUGGGCCACUACCUCAUUGGGCUCCAAGGAGAUGUGGACCAUGCAGACAGCGAGACUCCAGAGAGCAGGGACUCAGAUAGCUCAGAGUCGAACCAGCGCACCCUGUUGCGAACUCUUACGGUAGAGCUCGAGAAUGAGGGACAUGAUCGGCCGGAAGCCAACAUUGCUCGAGAUUUCGGCAGUCACGACAACGAGCUAGAAAUGUCGAAAUCUGGUCGCAAAGGCUCAGCAGAUCCCAAGUCACAUUUCGACAGUCAAGACCGGAACAAAACCAAGAAGAUGCGCGUUGUGGUCUACGCCAGCAAGCCCUUCAUAUAUGCAUUCCUAUUCGAAAAUCGCACAGAAUCCCUUGCUUGGGGCCCGCUAUACAAGUCUCUCCACUACCAGCUGGCACCCCUGCGGAAGACACUCGCGUCAUCUACCAAGUACCGACCCGACAAGCCAGAUGUCGGGGCUGUGGCUAGCCACAUUUUCGACUUGGUGUGGGACCCGCGGGCCCUGACGGUUCACUCGACCAUACCCAGCAUCCCAGAGCCGCCAUCGCUUGUGCGUAUUCAAGACGGUCGGCAACAGCAGCAGCAGAGCACAUGGUCCCGUGCCGAGGCCCUGAACACCCACACUCAGAUUCUGAAUACCUACGUAGCAACACGGGGCAACUUCACCGAUGUCGAACGUACGUGCAAGACGAGCCGCGGGUGGUGGGUUGUCUGGACUCGCAUCAUGGUCGGCCAAGAGUCAUCCAGCACGACUGGGACCACAACUCCGCCUCCGCUUUACUCGGAAGAUAGCAAGGAGUCCACCAGUACGCAGACCACAGACUCGUCGACCGAUGAAACCACUCUGAGUAUGAACGCCUCGGACAAGACUACCAAGGCCGGCAGCCGCCACGGUGAUGCUGCUGGAGGUCGCGGCAGAGGUUGGAGACGCAGACACGAGGUCAGCAAGGAAAUAUUCCUAAUACGCAGAGCGGGAGAACAUGGCGCUGGUGGAAUUAGGGGCAUUAGCAACUCGUACGCCGAGGGCGGUAGCGGUUGGGCCGACGGUGCGACCCGGUUGGUCCAGGGGAUUGGUGUCGACACCAAGAGUUAUGUGGAGGGUUUGUUGACUUUGGGCCGGUGA